AUGGGGAGAGUGACAAAUGGUGCAUCAUCAAAUGUUCCUCCACAACUCUCCCCCCUCCCCUUUCUUUUCCUUCUCUUCCUUUUCACCUUCUUCAGCAAUCUCAUAAACAAUGUCUCCGCCAAAGGCCAUGCAAAUUCUUCGGCUACAUUGACAUUCACGCCUUCUGAUAACUUCCUCAUCGACUGUGGCGCUCCGCAAGAAGCCAAGCUCCCUGAUGGCAGGACAUUCAAAUCGGACCGCGAAUCGGCUGACCUCUUGUCCACAAAUGAGGACUUUAAGGCUUCAGCUGACUCCAUCAAUGCCAAUGUCUCUUCAUCUGUUCCACCGGAUGCAAUAGUUCUAUUUAAAACGGCGAGGAUCUUCUCCGAGGAAUCCAUGUAUACAUUCCACAUCAACAAGCCCGGCCGCCAUUGGAUUCGCCUAUACUUCUAUCCUCUCCCACACCAGACAUACAACCUUUCCGACGCAGUUUUCUCGGUGGACACAGACAAGUAUGUUCUCUUGCAUGACUUUUCUGCCUCGGACAAAGCCACACUGGUGUUCAAAGAAUACCUUUUCAAUGUCUCUGACAACAGAUUCUCUCUCCAUUUCCGACCAAAGAAGCACUCCUUUGCUUUUGUCAAUGCCAUUGAGGUUGUCUCUGCCCCAGACUCUAUUUUCAAUGACUCUGCCACCACUGUUCCCGUAGCCGGAGACUUCAACGGCUUGCAAAACUACGCUUUCCAAGUCCGGUACCGGCUAAAUGUGGGAGGGCCAUUGGUAUCACCUCAAAAUGACACAUUGUCAAGGACUUGGGAGCCAGACACUCCAUACAAUGCAUUUCCUCAGGGCUCUCAAAACGUGUCAGUUGCUCCGAAAAUCGUCAAGUAUCUGAAGAGAGGAGAUGCCUCCUUGAUUGCCCCGAAUUCGGUCUAUGCAACUGCUCAGCACAUGCAGGAUUCUUUCACAAGCAACCAGAAUUUCAACCUCAGUUGGAAGCUUAGUGUUGAGGAGGACUUUUCCUACUUGAUCAGGUUACAUUUCUGCGACAUUGUGAGCAAGACCCUUGAUAACUUGUACUUCAAUGUAUACAUUAAUGGCAUGAUGGCUGUCUCCAAUCUUGAUCUCUCUUCACUCACCGGCGCGCUAUCCACUGCUUUUUACAAAGAUUUCGUGCUCAAUUCCACAGCGGUCUCCACCUCAAAUAACACCAUCAACAUUCAGAUUGGUCCUGGCACUACUCAGUCCGGGACUCAUGAUGGACUGCUUAAUGGAGUGGAGGUCUUGAAAUUGAGCAAUGAAGCAGAAAGCUUGGAUGGAUUUUUCGCGGUUGAUGGGAAGUACAAGGGUCCGGUGAAUUCAUCAAACAAAAUGAAGAUAGUUGCGGGUGUGGGAUUGGGAAUGGGAGUGACGGCAAUGUUCUUAGUUGGCGUGGUUUAUAUAAGGUGGAAAAGGAGACCUCAAGGUUGGGAAAAGAAAGAUAGCUUCUCAUCAUGGUUGCUUCCUAUACAUUCCGGUAACUCUAGCUUGUUCUCCAAGUCAAGUAAGUGUACUUCUAGAAGAUCAAGCAGCAUUUUCGGCUCACGCAAGAGCAAGAGUUACUCAACUUAUGUUUCUUCCACUUGCUACGGCCGGUCCUUCACUUUCGCUGAGUUACAAGCUGCAACUCAAAAUUGGGAUGAGAAGGAGGUGAUCGGUGUUGGGGGGUUCGGGAAAGUGUACCUUGGGGUGUUGGAAGAUGGUACUAAGCUGGCUAUCAAACGAGGGAACCCGAACUCUGAGCAAGGUAUUAAUGAGUUCAGAACAGAAAUGGACAUGCUCUCCAAGCUAAGACAUCGCCACCUUGUUUCACUGAUUGGAUUCUGUGAUGAGAAUAAUGAGAUGAUACUAGUGUAUGAGUACAUGGCUAAUGGACCCCUUCGAGACCACCUCUAUGGCUCGAACCUGCUUCCAUUGUCAUGGAAGCAAAGGCUCGAGGUUUGCAUUGGCGCUGCUCGUGGUUUGCAUUAUCUGCAUACUGGUGCAGCACAAGGCAUUAUCCAUCGUGAUGUCAAGACGACGAAUAUCCUCCUGGAUGAGAAUUUCGUUGCAAAAGUAGCUGACUUUGGACUGUCAAAAGCUGCUCCAUCGUUGGAACAAACCCAUGUCAGCACAGCCGUGAAGGGAAGUUUUGGUUAUCUUGAUCCUGAGUACUUCAGGAGGCAGCAGCUUACUGAGAAAUCCGAUGUGUAUUCUUUCGGCGUGGUUCUUUUUGAGGCAUUAUGUGCAAGGCCUGUUAUAUGCCCCACUCUACCAAGAGAGCAGGUGAGUUUGGCAGAGUGGGCAAUGCAAUGGCACAGGAAGGGCAUGAUUGAGAAGAUUGUUGACCCUCAAAUCGCUAGCUCCAUCAACGCUGGUUCGCUGAAGAAGUAUGUAGAAGCUGCAGAGAAAUGCCUUGCGGAGUAUGGUGUGGAUAGGCCUGGCAUAGGAGAUGUGUUGUGGAACUUGGAGUAUGCUUUGCAGCUUCAAGAGACAGCCUCGCAGAUUGAUGCUCGAGAAGACAAUACUUCGAGUCUCAUUUCUUUGGAUAAAGCAAGUGAGAAAGAUGACACAAACUCAAAGGAUGGCUCUGCACUUGGUGGUGCAGUGAGCGAGGAUUCUGUAGUCACAGCUGGUGGUUCUCCUCUGUUUGAUAAAGGGAAUGUCCAGGGGAGGUAA